AUGUACUCAAUUCCAAACGAGUUCAACGAUCUCCCACCAAUGUCCGGAGCUCCUCCACAGUAUGCUCCAACAAUGAGCUCUCAACAGUUCGAUCCACUUUGGAGCAACAAUCAUCAAAUGAUGCAGAGUGAUGGACAGUAUGGCUCACAAGGCAACUUCUCACAAACACAAUACGGAGAUUACUUGACUCAGGCACCAAUGAAUCAACAGAACAACUUACCAAAUGCGGUGAUGCCAACACCCUCGUCGUUCAACUAUCCAGUGCCACAGAUCCCACAAAUGGCUCCACAACUUCCAGUUUCUCAACCAGUUGCAGAGAAUAAUGAGCCGCCGAGUCGUGAGAUUACUGUCAAACUGGAGAAGCCGGAAAUUUGGAAUGAAUUCCACAAAUUGGGAAACGAGAUGCUGGUUCUCCCAGCUGGCAGACUAAUCUUCCCACGACUCAAUUACACCAUCGACGGUCUUAAUCCAAACUGUCAAUACUCAGUGGGUCUGAAACUCCGAAGAGUCAACAAGUACUACAUGGAAUUUAAUAAGAAAAAGACACCAACCGAAUGGAAAGAAUCGGCAAAACUGGUGCAGGAAGUGCCAGAGGAGAGUAAUGAAGUCUUCGUGGACUCGAGAAUUGGAAGUCAUUUUAUGGAGAAUGGAAUCGAUUGCAGCAUGGUGAAUAUAAAUUCCAUUGGACGGAAAACCGCUGAGGAAGGAACGGAUCAAAUGAAGGAAGUAGAAGGAGAGGAAUCAAAAAAGAAAGUUUAUCGGAAAAGAGUUCCCACCAAAGAGAAGAAGAUGCUUGUGCACAGUCUUUGCCGAUAUCUCCCUGUCUUGCGAAUCUAUUCUGUGGACACUAGAUCUUCUUCAGUUGAACUUCUCAAAGAGUUCUCAUUCGAGGAGACACAAUUCGUUGUUACGACUAUAAUCAAGAAUGACGCAGUGACAAGAUUGAAGACAAAGCACAACAAGUAUGCUCGCGGCGACUAUAAAGUGUCUGUAUCCAAGACUUCUGAUGCCAAGCCUGCCACGCCUCCGACACUCGACACAACUACAGACUCAUCCGGAUAUUCGUCAAUGGACAGCACAAUUGCAUCCACUUCUUCAAUCUCUCCUACGCCACGUGGCCAGAAGAGAUCUUUCUCGUCAGUAGAAGAGCUUUCAGAAACUGGGAUGAAGCGGCAGAAGGAGUCAAGACUAGAAGAGUAUGAAGUUCCAAUUUCUCAUUGUCCAUCGACCCAGGAACCGGAGAACUUGCAAAACUAUAACAGAUAUGACAGCUCAACAUAUGGAUCAUCGGAAGAAUUGAGUUCAGCUCCUCCAUACAAACCUGCCAAGAAAACCCCAGCUCUCAAUGAUGUUACGAAUUGCCAUGUCAAUGAUAAUAGAGGAUCAGUGAUCCCACCACAACAAUAUCCAGGGCUACCAUCAACUUCUCAAAUGCACACAUUCCCUGAUUAUUCGGCAGCGUCAAGUGAGCAAUAUGGACAUUUCCCUCAAUAUUCUGCCAACUCAACGUCAUCGAAUAACGUCCAGAAUCACUACUCUUAUGCUCAACCUUCUUAUCAGCAACCAUGGAAACCUUCAAGCUCUCAACCACACCCAUAUCAGUAUGGACAACCUACUCAAUUCUCUUCCAUGGCCCCGACACCGUUCGAUCAGACUGCUCACUCAUCCACAGCUACUCCUUCUUCCCAGCAACAAACGCCAUACUCUUACAACCAGUGGAAUUCGGGAAAUCUGGAUUUUGGAAUGAAUUCUAACUAUCGCUUCUAG